AUGCUGGAGGACCUCCGGGGCCAGCGGGCGCCCGUGCAGCUCCAGCUGGGCGCUCUGGAGCAGGACGUCCAGCAGCUGAAGGAGUGGGCUUCCGGGCUGUCUGAGAAGCGAACUCAGCUUCAGACGAGCAUCGCUGGGCUGAGAAGCGCUGUGGGACAGAUUGAAGAGCGCACCUCAGCCAUCACUAAGGACUUCACCAACAAAGUGGCGUCGGUGAGGACAGACGUGCGCAGGAUGGACGGCCUGCAGACUGAGCUGGAGACCCUGCUCGCCCAGGUUGGAGAGCUGGAGGACAAGGCGACUCAGGUGGAGCGCAGCAUGGUCAAACGCAUCGGGGACGUGUUGGCCAGCAGCAUCGAACGAGUGUCGAAUCUCCGCGCUGCGUCCGAACGCAACACCAAGGCCAUAGAUAAGCUGCGCAGGAACAUCCCCGAGCUGGCGGCAGCGGACCAACAGAUCUCGGAGCGCGUGAGGGAUCUGGAGAGCAGCAGAGCUCGUCUGAUCAGAACAGUGACCUACGCCAGCGACCUCAAACCGAAGGUGGCUGCUAUCAAGAGGGACUUCGGGGCGUUCGGGCCCCAGCUGUCGGAUCUGAUGCUGCGGAUAGGACGCCUGGCAGAGGAUCUCACUCACAGAGAGCAGGAGAUCGCUGAGCUUAGACAGACUUUAUCCAACCUCACUGCAGCACAGGGAGAUUUAAGUGUGGCAACUAGACAGGUGUUGGUGAAAUAGCCGAUGUAGCAGAGAUGCACGCGUCAACGUGAAAUCACUCUUUGUUGAAAUAAAUCUGGGGUGUUGUUAAAAGGAUGUGAUUAAUGUAGUAUUCAGGUUUCAAUUAAUUCAGAAAUAAUAAAUUAUGCAGUUUA